AUGGGAGACUGGAACUUCCUUGGUGGGAUCUUGGAGGAAGUGCAUAUCCACUCCACUAUGGUGGGUAAGAUAUGGCUGACCAUCCUGUUCAUAUUUCGGAUGCUGGUGCUGGGCGUCGCUGCGGAGGAUGUGUGGAACGACGAGCAGUCCGACUUUGUCUGUAAUACCGAGCAGCCUGGCUGCCGCAACGUCUGCUACGACCAAGCCUUCCCCAUCUCCCUCAUCCGCUACUGGGUGCUGCAGGUGAUCUUUGUGUCCUCCCCCUCACUGGUCUACAUGGGUCAUGCCAUCUACCAACUGCGAGCACUGGAGAAGGAGCGCCACUGCAAGAAGGUGGCUCUUCGUCGAGAGCUGGAGGCUGUGGAUGCGGAGCUGGUGGAGGUGCGGAGGAGGAUUGAAAAGGAGGUGAGGCAACUGGAGCAAGGGAAGCUCAACAAGGCACCGCUGAGGGGUUCUCUAUUGUGUACUUAUAUAGCCCACAUUGUUACUCGCUCAGUGGUCGAGGUCAGCUUCAUGAUGGGCCAGCUCAUCCUCUACGGCCACCGCCUGAGCCCUCUGUACAAGUGUGAACGGGAGCCGUGCCCAAACGUUGUGGACUGCUUUGUCUCCAGGCCCACAGAGAAAACCGUUUUCAUGAUGUUCAUGCAAGCCAUCGCCUCCAUCUCCCUGUUUCUCAGCCUGCUUGAGAUCAUUCACCUGAGUUACAAGAAGAUUAAGAAGGGCUUCCUGGACUACUACCCACAUCUCAAAGACGACCUUGAUGAUUAUUACGUCAACAAGUCAAAGAAGAACUCAGUUGUGCAUCAGGUUUGCAUGGGCACGUCUGUGCCUCGCAAGAGUACUAUUCCCACAGCACCAAGUGGAUACACGUUACUAUUGGAGAAGCAGGGCAAUGGACCCAACUACCCUCUUCUCAAUGCCUCCUCUGCCUUCGUCCCAAUACAGGGAGACCCUGGUGCAAAGCCAGAAAGCCACAAGGAUAGCAAGGAGGGCAUGCCGAGCCCCACAGAGCAAAACAGCAAUUCCAACAACACGAGCAGCGAGACCCGAUCUCCUCCUGCUGACAAACAGGACGAACCAGAGGAAUCACCCCAUCAUGAGGACCUGGUAUGUGCGAGGUCCGAGUAUCCCACUCUCCCUGUAGCAGACACCUCGUCCUGCACCACACUGUCUGGCAUUACAAGGAAGUCAAGGAGGGUCAGUCCACCGUGGAACUGCUCCACAGUAGUAGAGGGGAACGGCUCAGACAGUGGAGAUUCCUACCAUGGGAACAACAGCAUGAAGCUACGUAGCAGCUGUGUUGGCCCCAGAGCGAGAGUGCUCUCCAAAUCAGACAUUAAAAGACCGAGCAGGUCCCAGAGCCCGGACUCUGCAGGGGAGCUGAGCUCUGUAUCUCGACAUAGCCGUGAGAGUAACAGCCCCACAGUCUCCUCUCCAAACCGCCGAGUGUCAGCGGCGAGCAGUACCAGCAGUAGACGAGCGCCAACUGAUCUGCAGAUAUAAACCACAGACUCAAUUUCCCAACACUGCAACAGAAACCCUCAGAAAGCCACAUUUGGGUUCAAGCUAAAGACCAGUG